GGUGUGAGCCGCUGCCUUGUCGCAGUCAAGGGGAACUGGAGCCAGGCGCAGAUCCACAGCGAUAUCGAGACAUUCAGAGCCACAGGUACCAACCAUGUCCGACUAUGAUGAUGUCCGACCUGUUCCACACAGGAGUAAAGUGUGCCGGCGUCUCUUCGGUCCCGUGGACAGUGAACAGUUGCGCCGUGAUUGCGAUGCGCUCAUGGCGGGCUGUCUCCAGGAGGCCCGAGAACGGUGGAACUUUGACUUCGUCACUGAGACGCCGCUGGAGGGCAACUUCGUCUGGGAGCCUGUUCGGAGCCUAGGGCUGCCCAAGAUCUACCAGAGCCCUGGGUCCCGCGGCCGUGAUGACCUGGGAGGGGACAAGAGGCCCAGCACCUCCUCUGCCCUACUGCAGGGGCCAGCUCCGGAGGACCACGUGGCCUUGUCCCUGUCUUGCACUCUGGUGUCUCACGCCCCUGAGCGGCCUGAAGACUCCCCGGGAGGGCCCGGAACAUCCCAGGGCCGGAAACGGAGGCAGACCAGCCUGACAGAUUUCUACCACUCCAAGCGCAGAUUGGUCUUCUCCAAGAGAAAGCCCUGAAGUGCCCCACGGGAGCCUCGCCCUCUUCUGCUGUGGGCCAGGAGGCCUCUUCCCCGUCUUCUACCUUAACCCUUAUUCUGUGUGUCUUAAUUAUUAUUUGUGUUUAAUUUAAACUUCUUCUGUAUAUACUCUGCCUGCCCUCUCCCAGUCUCCAAACUUAAGAGUUAUUUAAACAAACAAACAAACAAACAAACAAACCUAAAUUAGUAGGACGCUAGGCCCCCUUAGUGCUGGGGAUUUUUAUUAUGUAGACUAUUAUUUAAGCCCUUCUUAACCCAACCUCUGUGUUUCCUAUCCUGGAGGGAAGGUUGCACUGUCUUCAUGCCUUCGGCAUCCAUCUCUCUCCUAACAUACCCCCUCCACUCCCUGCCUGGUUCCUUGCCACUUCUUCCCUGGGGGUGAUCCUCAGACCUGAAUAGCACUUUGGACAACUGAGUAGGACUUCGGGGUCUCCUUCUCACCUCUAAGGCCAGCUAGGAUGACAGUGAAGCAGUCACAGCCUAGACCAAGGAUACCCAACCGUAAUAUCCUGACCCUUGACAUGGUCCCUACUCUGGGUUUCCUCUGCCACUCCUGGGGAGCCCUCCUGCCCUGUGGGUCUCUGCCAGCUG